AUGCCACACACUAAGACUGCUAUUCUCUCUGUCUAUGACAAGACAGGCUUGUUGGAUUUGGCUAAGGGUCUAGCUGAAAACAAUGUCAGAAUUUUGGCUUCUGGUGGUACCGCUAAGAUGGUUCGUGAGGCUGGAUUCCCAGUGGAUGAUGUCUCUUCCAUCACCCAUGCCCCAGAAAUGUUAGGUGGUAGAGUCAAGACUUUGCAUCCUGCUGUUCAUGGUGGUAUCUUGGCUAGAAACCUUGAAUCAGAUGAGAAAGAUUUAAAGGAACAAAACAUCGACAAAGUCGACUUUGUUGUUUGUAACUUGUACCCAUUCAAGGAAACCGUUGCUAAAGUGGGUGUUUCCAUCCCAGAAGCUGUCGAAGAAAUUGACAUCGGUGGUGUCACUUUGUUGAGAGCUGCUGCCAAGAACCACGCUAGAGUUACUAUCCUUUCUGACCCAAAGGAUUACCCACAGUUCUUAAACGAAUUGCAAAAGGGUGAAAUUUCUAGUGACUUGAGAAACACCUUAGCCUUGAAGGCUUUCGAACACACCGCUGACUACGAUACUGCUAUCUCUGAUUUCUUCAGAAAACAAUACUCGGAGAACAAGACUCAAUUGGCCUUAAGAUACGGUGCUAACCCUCACCAAAAACCUGCUCAAGCUUUCGUCACCCAACAAGAAGAAUUGCCAUUCAAGGUCUUGUCUGGUUCUCCAGGUUACAUUAACUUGUUGGAUGCUUUGAACUCUUGGCCAUUGGUUAAGGAAUUGUCUGCAUCUCUAAACUUGCCAGCUGCUGCCUCUUUCAAGCACGUUUCCCCAGCCGGUGCAGCCGUUGGUUUGCCAUUAUCCGACGUCGAAAAACAAAUCUACUUUGUUGCUGAUAUUGAGAACUUAUCUCCCUUGGCUUGUGCUUAUGCAAGAGCCCGUGGUGCCGACAGAAUGUCCUCUUUCGGUGACUGGAUUGCCUUGUCCAACAUCGUUGACGUCCCAACUGCCAAGAUCAUUUCUCGUGAAGUCUCUGAUGGUGUUAUUGCUCCAGGGUUUGAACCAGAAGCUCUAGAAAUUUUGAAGAAGAAGAAGAAUGGUAAGUACUGUAUUUUACAAAUUGAUCCAAACUACACUCCAGAAGCAUUGGAAUCCAGACAAGUCUACGGUGUCACUCUACAGCAAAAGAGAAAUGAUGCUAUUAUAAAUAAAUCUUCCUUCAAAGAGAUCGUUUCUCAAAACAAGGACUUGCCAGAACAAGCAGUUAUUGAUUUGACCGUUGCCACGAUCGCUCUAAAGUACACCCAAUCCAACUCUGUUUGCUACGCAAAGAACGGUAUGGUUGUUGGUUUGGGUGCUGGUCAACAAUCAAGAAUCCACUGUACUAGAUUGGCAGGUGACAAGGCAGACAAUUGGUGGUUAAGACAACACCCAAGAGUCCUAGGUUUCAAGUGGGCCAAGGGUGUCAAGAGACCAGAAAAGUCCAAUGCCAUUGAUUUAUUCGUCACUGGUCAAAUUCCAACUGAAGAACCAGAAAAAUCAGAGUAUGAAUCAAAAUUCGAAACUAUUCCAGAACCUUUGACUGCCGAAGAAAAGAAGUCGUGGAUGUCUAAGUUGACCAAUGUUGCUCUAUCUUCUGACGCUUUCUUCCCAUUCCCAGAUAACGUCUACAGAGCUGUUAGAUCCGGUGUCAAGUACAUUGCUGCUCCAAGCGGUUCUGUGAUGGACAAGGCUGUUUUCGGUGCUGCUGAUUCCUUCGAUUUGGUUUACGUCGAAAAUCCAAUCCGUUUGUUCCAUCAUUGA